UAUACUAAAUCGAAUGAAAAAAAGUGUUAUUUUGAAUGAAAUUUACACGCCGGCAGCUUUAUUUCGCGAAUUUGAAUGAACUUUGUAUCAAAACGAAUAAAAAACUUACGAAAGUGACCAAGAAAUCCUAUAUUAUAAAGCGGAACUACAUGAUAAAGAGAAGACAUAGCAGACGACAGCUGUAAAAGGUCUCCGCCCACAGUUUGCUGGUCCACUGAAUACGAAACACAUGCACAAACUUCGCAGACGAGAAUUUCAAAUUCAAGAAUUAGAAACAGCGAACGAUUGAACAUUGGUGUUUUGGUUUGAUCGCCUCGCCUACAAAGACGAGAAAACAUUAAGAAAACUUCAUGAAAUGUCUCGUAGACCUCAUAAUUGUUGCCUGACAUCGUGUUUUAGAUGUUGCCAAACACCAGGAAGAAUAGGAGAUGAAGAACUACAAUCUAUAGCAUCCAGCCAACAUGGACAUCAUCUGCAUUUACCCACAAAAGACUAUGAUAGUCUCGACUAUGAUACAUGUUAUAGUCAAAUCCAUUCUGAUAUGUUGGAGGCUAAAACAUCAUGGGCUAGUCAACAUCUUGAAGUCUUCCGAUGGAUCAUGACGGCUGCCAUUGGCAUCUUGACAGGAUUGGUAGCUGUAUUUAUCAACUACUUUGUCGGAUUGCUGAGCAACUGGAAACUAGGAACAGUUGAUAAUUACUUGGGUGAUUGUUCCAAGUACAGCUGCCUCGGUGUCCCUCUCAUGAUCCUUCUAGCUUUCAACAUGACGUUUGUUCUCAUAGCGAGUCUGUUGGUGGCACUCGAGCCCAUCGCUGGUGGAUCUGGUAUCCCCGAGAUCAAGUGUUAUCUGAAUGGUGUCAAGGUGCCCCAUGUAGUCCGACUGAAGACACUGGUGUCCAAGGCUGUAGGGGUACUUUUCAGUGUGGCAGGAGGUAUAUUUGUUGGAAAAGAAGGGCCAAUGAUUCACAGUGGUGCGAUUGUUGGAGCAGGUAUCCCACAAUUCCAAAGCAUCACAUUCCGCAAGUUUAACUUCAACUUUCCAUAUUUUAGAACUGAUAGAGAUAAAAGAGACUUUGUUUCAGGCGGAGCAGCAGCAGGGGUAGCAGCUGCCUUUGGGUCACCUAUAGGGGGCGUUCUGUUCAGCUUGGAAGAAGGUUCAUCGUUUUGGAACCAAGCGUUGACGUGGAGAACAUUUUUCUGUGCCAUGUGUGCAACAUUUGCUCUCAAUUUCCUCAUGUCUGGCAUCAACCUCGGUGAGUGGGGCGGACUAAGCCAACCGGGACUUAUCGACUUUGGUUUAUUCAAGUGUGGUUCAGGGAAAUGCAAUUUGUGGACAGCAUUUGAUUUACUCAUCUUCAUCGCUAUGGGCUUUGUUGGCGGGCUGUUGGGGGCGCUCUUCAAUGCCAUCAACACCUUCAUCACGGUAUGUCGUCUGCAGAAUCCAAUUAUGAGACGUAAAGUUGCUAGGGUUUUGGAGGCAGUCCUUGUUGCCUUGGUUACAACUCUUGUCGCUUUUCUUGCUGCCAUGACGAUGGGACAGUGUAAACUCCUUCCAGCAUCGAAUUCUACAUCACCCGCUGAGAUUGGCUCCUCCGUGAGGACUUAUUUCUGCCCUGAAGGUUACUACAAUGACAUGGCUACCCUCUUCUUCAACCCACAGGAAGAAGCCAUCAAACAACUCUUCCACCAAGAGGGUACUUUCAGCCUUCAAUCCCUUGGGCUGUUCUUCAUGUAUUUCUUCUUCCUAUCCUGUUGGACGUACGGAUCAGCUGUACCCAGUGGUCUGUUUGUACCUUGCCUGCUGUGUGGAGCUGCCUAUGGGCGCUUUGUAGGAAAUGCAUUGAAAAGUUACUUAUCCUACACAAGGAUCUACUCGGGGACCUUUGCACUGGUCGGGUCUGCGGCUUUCCUGGGGGGCGUGGUCCGUAUGACGAUCAGCCUGACGGUCAUCAUGAUCGAGUCGACCAAUGAGAUCAGCUAUGGCCUACCAAUCAUGGUCACACUCAUGGUUGCCAAGUGGUCAGGUGACCUCUUUAACCAAGGGCUUUAUGACAUCCAUAUCAAGCUCAGAGGGGUGCCACUCCUAGAAUGGGAGACAAACAGAAAAAUAGAAAGACUUCGCGCCCAUGAUGUCAUGGAGCCUGACCUGGUCUACAUCUACCCCCACACCCGCGUCCACUCACUGAUCAACAUCCUACGAACUACCACCCACCAUGCCUUCCCUGUCGUCACGGAAACAGCACCCAGGCUAAAGGUCAAGAGGUCAGCUGAUGCAGUAACGAGCAGGAACAUGAUGUUCAAGAAUGCAACUCUGACGAGGGCGGGAGAAAGGAAGCUGAGGGGCCAGUCUGUCCUCAUGAGUGGCGUCCCUCAGACCAAUGAACUCUCUGUGACCUCUGGAAGACAACGGUUUCACUCAGAAUCAGGUGAUGCCACUCCUAGCUCUACCUCUGAUCAACCCACUGAGGACUCUAAUCCUGGAUCUGCCGCUGAGAAUGAUCAGGUUUUUCAGGAUGAAUAUCGACCUUUGACCUUCCAUGGCCUUCUACUCCGAGACCACUUGGUGACCCUCCUGCAGCAUGGGGCGUGCUAUCCUGAAAAUGUCUCUAGUUCGUGCCAGCCUCACGUAACCUAUGAAGAUAUGGUAGCCAGAUAUCCAAGAUAUUUAGACAUCUACGACAUUGAUGUCACUAACAUCAAUGCAAACAAGAUAGUGGAUGUCAGCAAGUACAUGACGACGUGCUCGUACACCGUUUACCCGGACACACCCGCCCCCAAGGUCUUCAAUCUCUUCCGCACCAUGGGACUGAGACACCUGCCCGUCGUCAACUGCUUUGGAGAGAUCUUGGGAAUCAUCACCAGGCACAAUCUUACAGAGGAAUUCUUGGAGGAAAAGGAAGAAGAACUUCAUCAUAGAUCAACGAGAAGUCCAGUACUUGAGUAAAGAUUGCGUCAACUCCACUUCAAUAUCUUGCUAAAUUUCCUAUAUCCUUUAUAAUAUUAUGUGCCAUAUAAUAGUUUACUUAAAAUAUAAAUGUAUAGUUGUGUGCUAUAUAUUAUUUUCCUACAACAACCUACAUGUAUUUAAAUGUGUUUAUUAGAUUUAACACACAUUUCAAUGGGAUAUCAGUGAACUUGUAUUUAUGACGGUUUCAUGAAACUAUGCCCUGAACUCAUUUUAGAGGAAGAAGUGAAAGAUGAAUAUGUAAUUAAAUAAUCCCUGCAUGAAAUGAUCCAUUACUAUACACAUAUUCAUUGAGUACAUGUUAAUGAAUAACAUUGAAAUUAUCAUAUGAAUUGAAUUAUAGAAGAAAUUAUACCAGCAAACGGUUCUGGUAACAGAAUGAUUUUAAAUUUGAGAAUGUUGAUUUACAUUAUGGUAUUUUACCGUUGUAUAAUUUUUGUCUUUUUUGAAGAAAAUACUUCUUUUAAAUGUUUUGAUAUAUAUAUUUCAAUAUGCUAAGAUCUGCCUAGUUAUUUUUUUGUUAAUGCGCUGUAUAUAACAGAUAUGUCAUCUAUGCAAAUGCUUUAUAUGUGAUUGCAAAUGAACUUUUAAAAUAUUUUUUUAUUGUCAAUAUAUCAGGACUACCGGUACUGGAUUACAGCAAUAUGAAUUAUUAUGCAAAUUGAAAGUACGAUUUAAACAUAUGUAGAUAGAAUUAUGCAGUAUCAUUCCAAAUUUGUAUGGGUUUCAUAUUUUGAACAAAAUGGAGAUCCAUGAUUUGAAAUAUUUUGAUCAAUAUUAGACAAAAUUUAAGAUUAGUCUAUAUGGUGAUUUUUUUAUUUCUUUAAAUUUUACUGUGAUGACCCUGAAAAGUUACUAACAAUCACUAGGUCAUGGCCUUAAAAAUAAUGAGUGGAACAGCACAAAUGUGUUGCGCAAAGAACUUCCAUGCAAAGUACAUGUAUAACAUCUUAUGACACCCAGUUUGCACUUAUAGCAGUUUGACAACUUUAUAGGUUGCCAGAAGCUUGCCCAACAUAGCAGCGCUCAGUAGACCCUAUAUAUGCAAUUUGCAAUUAAACAAUUUAUGAACAGGAGCAGUAUUAUGAAAACUAUGCCUUUGUAAAAAGAUUUUUAGGUAUUCUGAAACUGUGUAGAUGUAUGCAGAGGAUUAAAGUUCCAGACAUGUUAUCAAAGAGCAUUUUUUUAAUAUAAAUUUUUAAUACAAAAUAAUUUUCAGAAUACUGCUCUAGUUAAACAAGAUUCCUCUUUAUUGGGCUUCUGUCUUCAUGUAUAAUUUUUAAAACUGUUUAUUGUUAUUCCUCUACUUGAUCUCUUGGAAUAUAUCGAUUGAUUAUUAUAUUUUUUUUCAUGAUGCCAAAGAAGUUAUAUUUUUGCAAACGGUAAUACAUAAAUUACAAUUACAUCAGGUG